AUGUCGGAGUUAAGUACUCCUUCCUCACAACUACAGAAUCUAGUCAUUGGUUUACGAAUUGGGCAGAGUUAUUCUAGCAUUGCUGUAAAUAAUAAGGAUGGUCGUGCGGAUUGUAUAGCGAAUCAAGACGGUGAAAGGCAAAUACCGACGGUUGUCGCAUUUUCUGGUGACGAAGAGUUUACCGGGUCUCAAGCCAAAGCUCAAUUACUACGUAACUCAAAGAACACAAUCACGCAGUUUAGGAAUUUAAUAGGCAAAAGCUACCAAGAAUUAGUCUCGACAAACAACAUCACAAAUGACGCCGCCUCACUGAUAGAAAAAAAUGGCGAACCAGCAUACACGGUAGAAUACAAAGAUCAAGAGACAACAUUCACUGUCUCUGAAAUCCUGACAAAAUAUAUUACACUGCUUGGCGAAAGUGCUGCGAAUUUUUUAGGACAGAAUGUGAUUGGAGUCGUAUUGGCCGUUCCAACAUAUUUUACUGAAUCACAAUGUGACGCGUUAAAAAAAGCAACUGAAAAUGCGGGAUUGCUUGUACUUCAAUUAAUGCAUGAACCGGAAACGACACCACGGCACUAA